CCGAGCCUCUCACUGUCAUGGUGACGAAUCCAAACCGGAGACCAUCGGCGCUCUUUUCAAACCUCUUUACCGCGGAAACAUGUCAAGUCAAGAGUUGAAGAUUUUCUAACAUUAACGGAGGAAUAGCUGUAAUGCUAUAAUGAGGACAGUGCAUGGAAUUUGUCCAAGAGACGGGACAUUUAUGUUGGUGAUGUAGCCGUACGUUGACGGCGGUGAAGCUAACGUUAGCCGUCAGGAAGUGCCACACCACAACCAUGACCAGCAGCGCAGAGAGGAAAUUCAUCAAUCUGCGGAAACGUCUGGAUCAGCUGGGCUACAGACAACCGCUGGCGAUAGAGUCGCUGCCACUAGUGGAGAAGCUCUUCAGUGAUCUGGUCCACACAACAGAGAGUCUGCGCAAUGUCAAACUGUCAGCAGGGAAGACUGAGAAAGAAAGCCGAAACUUGGACGCUCUUCUGGAGCCGUACAGGACAGAGAAUGCCCAGGUGGUCAGGGAAAACAAUGAGCUGCAUCUCGAGCUCCUGAAGUUGAAGGAGGAGAAAGAUCGCGUCACCAGAGAGCUCAAAACCCACAUCAGAAAGCUGGACCAUGAAACAUCUGACCUGAAGUUUCUCAAUAAUCAAUAUGUGCAUAAGGUCCGCUGUCUAGAGAAGGACAGUAAGGCUAAAGCUGAGCGCAUCCAGCAGCUGCAGGAGAAGAACUUGCAAGCUGUUGUGCAGACUCCAGGUGGAAAAAAGCGCAGUAUCCCUUUCAGACGGCAAAGAAUGCAGAUUGAUGAGCUUGUACCUCCCUCCUCUACAUCAGCUUAUCCUGUGCUGCAGCCUGAUGAUCCCUACAUAGCUGACCUGCUGCAGCUGGCUGAUGGGAGAAUUCAUGAGCUGCAGGAGGACAUCGUUAAGGUCAAGCUCGACCUGGAAAAUGCUCAGGAAUUUAUAAAACACUUAAAUACUCAGGUGGAGGAAAGGGACAAAGAGAUUGUGCGUCUUAAUCGCGCGCUUCAGGGAGGACGGCCUCAUGAUGUAAUUACCCUCGAAGCUCAGAACAUCAGCAACGAGAAACUGAUCGCCCAUCUCAACCUUCAGAUUGAGCACCUACAGGAGACCAACAGCACACUGGAGCAGAAGAUUGAAGGACUGCAGCAGAAAAAGAAAGACGCCUCCAGUGAAGUGGCCAAUCUGUCUUUAAAGAACCUGGAACUGUGUGAAGAACUGACGCACAUAGACGACCUCGCAAAGCAGCUGGAGAUGGACAAGGAGCGUGUUUUGGAAACUGCUGACAUGGAGCUGCAAGAAGCUAAAAAAGAGAUUCUAAGGCAGCAGAAAAUCAUUGAAGACUUGGAGGAUAUCAUUACAAAGAUAAGAAGGGAGCAGUCAGAAGGUGACUUCGAAAAAGACCGUCUGAGAGAUCAGCUGGUGGAGCUCAAAGAGCAGAAUGAGAAGAUGGAGGGACUCGUGAAUUUCCUUGAGGAUGAGAAAAUCAGGCUGCAGAACAAAGUUGAGAAAAUGCUGGCAGCUGACAAAGACCUGGUGCUGGAGUUGGAGACCAUGCGUGCCAAACAUGGUGUUUGUGGAAGGGAGCGCUCUCCGUCUCGCCUGGAUGCUUUUGUCAAGAGCUUAGAAGAGGAGAGGGAUUACUAUCGCCACGAGGCCGAGCGCUACAAAAGAGCCAGAGGAGCUGGUGGUCUGGACGUAAGCCCCAGUCGCAGUCCAAGCAGAGGCAGGAGCCCAAUGUCCAAAGCAAUCAGGGGAGGUGUUGCCGAGACAGAACUGUUACAUUUAAUUAAGGAGAGAGAUGAGCUGAGGGCUGCACUGUUGGACUUUGAGAAGCACAUGGAGGACAUUCAGAACAAUGUGAAGGCUCUCAGCACGGAGAGAGAACAUUUCAAAACUCUUUAUAAACAGGCUCAAGAUGACCUAAAGUUGGCCCGAAACGUAGACAUGUCUGCGAACGUCUUAAGACUGCAGGAGGAGAUGAAACGCACUGAAGUAAGAAUGGAGCAGAUGACCACUGAAAGAGACGCCCUGAUGGAGAGGUUGAAGGUCGCCCAGACUUCAGCUCUCACAGACAGACAAGGAGAGGAGAGGAGGAUUGUUGACCUGGAGAAUGCUGUUAAGAGCCUGGAGCGGGAGAGAUUGGACCUGCGAUCACAAGUAUGUCUUCUGAAGGAGAACAGGGAGGCUGCAGAGGAGGAGCUGAAGGUUCGGUCCGUUGCUCUGGUCCACAAUGCAGAGGAGGUGGCUCAGCAGAGGGCCGAGGCUAAUGCUCUGAGGCUGCUGCAGGAGCAGAUGGAGCAGUCACUGUCUGAUACUCAACACAGGCUGUCGGUGAAGAUGAAUGAGCUGCAUGCGGCCCACGAGCAGAUUGAAAAACUGGAGGAGAGAAUAGGAGAGCUGAGUCAGCAGAGCUCCAAGCACAAGGAGGAGGUAGCUGUCCUUCACAAGUCAGUCUCUGCCCUGGAUAGAGAGAAAGAUGCCCUGCAGGAUGAGGUGGAUCAAAAGACUGAAAAGCUGGUUGUUCUCCAGGAGGAGCUGUCAAAGAAGGAAAAGACCCUUGAAGAUGUGAGACUCACAGUCACGAACAUGGACAGCUCACUAGCUCAGCUACAAGGAGCGUUAAACAGCCGGGAGAGGGAGAUAACCAGUCUGAGGAGACAGCUGGAUGCGUCUCAGGAGGAGCUGGCUGGACACAGGAGAGACAAAGAAAUCACGAUCAGAGAGAACAGGAGGCUGCAAGAUGACCUGGCCACAAUGACCAGAGAAAACCAAGUGGUGCACGUGGAAAUGGAAGAAGCUUUGCAUGAGAAGGAUGAGCUGAAGUUGAGGGUCCACUCAUACAUAUCUGAAGUGUCCAGAAUAGAGAAACUGAUGGCCACAAAGGAACAGGAGAACAGGGAUUUGCUGGAACGUUUCAGGAUGGCCCACUCUGACGUGGAGGAGCGGGAGCAGAAGUUGCAGCAGGCUGAAGGCCUCAACAACUCCAUCCGCCUGGAGCUGCUCUCCUCAGACACGGAACGCCGACACCUCCGAGACACCGUCGGACACCAGGAGAGAGAAAUCCAGCAGCACAUGCAAGCGCUGCAGGCUUAUGAGGCCCAAGUAUCCUCGCUGGUCCGUGGGAUGUCCCGACUCGAGGAGGAGCUGCACAAAGCACAGGAGGAGAAGGCUGCUCUCCUCUCCGAUCUGGCUUCUGUCCGGGAGCUCUGUGUCAAACUGGACUCCGGCAAAGAGCUCACUGCACGUCAGCUCACCUCCAAGAGCAUGGACCUCGAGAGGGUCACCGGAGAACUAGAGGACGUUCAGUCCGAGGCGGAGCUCCUUAAGAAACAACUUGCCAGCGAGCGUCUGACUGUGCGUAACCUUGAGACGCUGCUCUCCACCAAUCGGCAGAAGGAGUUUCAAACGCAUCUGACAGCCAGUGAGAGAGAGUCGGAGCUGAAAGUCCUACGCGGCAGGCUCACACUGGCUGACAGCAAAACUGCAGAGCAUGCCAGGGAGGUGUCCCAGCUCCGCGGCAAAGUGUCUCAGCUGCAGACAGAGAUGGACGUUCUGAAAAGACAACUGACCACUGAGCGCUUUGAACGUGAAAGAGCAGUUCAGGAGAUCCGCAGACAGGGUUUGUCAUUCUCGUCCCUGCAAAGCUCGUCGCCCCUCAGUGUGUCCAGCGGUUCUCACCACGUCUCCCCAGAACGCUCCAUCCUCCGAUCUGUUGACCGCUCCACUGACAGGACAGCAGACAAGAGCGUGAGCUUCAAGGAUUAACAACUACAAAGGCAAAUGAAGGCACAGAUGAAGUGAGUCAGAAACCACUGGACUCUUGAAGUUUGGGUCUGGACAUGAAAUGAAGUGAGCGGCCUUCAUAAACCUCGGCAUGAACCGGCCUGUAGCAUACCUCAGUGCCACUUUAUUGUUCCGUCCAACCAGAGGCACACAGAAUGAAAUCAUUCCUUGGCGGUACUAAAGCAAGUAACCGUUCUAACAUUUAAAGAGAGUGUUUUUCCUACUCAAACAUCCAGUUUUUCAUUGACUCUUGUUGCACUGCAAAGUGUCCACCCUGUCAGUAGGUUGAACAGCCGCUGAUGAAAUCAGGACUUUGUGAAUCAGUCCCACAUUUGAAUUUGAGUCUCAGUAGUUUAACCUCAUACAUGUAGCAACAGAAGUGUUUGUUUUAUUGCCUGAAGUUUGGUCUAUUAUGUUUAAUAUUCUUGUUUUUAUAAUAAUGUUUAAAUUAUUAAAUUAUUCACAAAAUAAACUGAUACAAAAAUCAGAAACUGCAAAGAUGUACGUCACAAAAUGGGAACUUCAGUUUUAUUAGAUGGUAAAUAGGAAAGAUGGGAGACAGAUGGGAAUGAGAGGCUGUGACUUGCCAAAAAAAAAAAAAA